AUAAUACUUAGAUUAAUAUUAACUGCAGUCUCCCCGUCGAGAAAAUGAGGUCAAAGCAAGAACCAAAGGAAGAAAGCUGAAAUCUCAAAACGAGACAAUAUGUAUGCGACCUGCAUACCCGAUGACCCAUCAAUUCGACAACCUAACUAAAUCUUUGACCAUUUUUUUCUUUUCUUUUUUUUUCUCCCUGUACAUCACUCCAUCACUCCACCUGCCCGAAAGAUCGACCCAUUUCCUCCCGCCAGCGUCUCGGCGCGACUGUGGCGACUGGCGAGUCGUCGACGAAAGGAGUCAGAGACCGGACAGUGUUCUGACCUCCACAGCGACCCCGUCCAUCGCAGUAUGUCCUGACCGCAACGGAAAACACGGCUGUAGACUUCAACGAACGAGCGAUAUAGUGGGAAGUUGGAGAGAUGCGAGUUUUGCGGUGUGUCGAGGAUGUCGGAAUUGAUUCCCCGUACGAUGGAGGCACUUACUCCAAGGGUCCAGCCACAUGAGUUUUUCUCAGUAGGACUGGGUACUAAGUACGGAGAGUCAGUAGGUAGAAGGAUGCACCAUGGUAACGACCAAAAACAAUGAGACAGAUGUAUCUAGUCCAACCGAUCGGUCAAGUCU